GAAUGUUUACCGUAUAUGGAGAUGAUAUUCAGCUGUUUGUUUCAGAGACAACCCCUCUCUGUUGGAGGAUAUCAGAGUUCUGCUCUUCUUCAUCUUCUUCAUCUUCAGACUUUGUGCAGUUUAGAUUUGACAUUUCUACAUUUUUGGACCUUCGUACCUGAAACUUUCUCCACCAACUCUGCGAUCAACAUGAAGAUCUCUAUCUUUGCUGAUGUUCUGCUGAUCUCUGCUGCUCUGAUCUCUGUGGACGGACAAAGUUGGACUCAGUUUUUAAAUAAGCAUAUCAAAGAUUGGAUGACUGCUGGCCAAUGUUCCACGGUGAUAGCAGCCAGAAGAAUCGUGCAACCACCCACACAAGUGAACCCAAGAAUCAGCUGCAAGACUUUCAAUACCUUCAUCAGCACAGAUGAUGUGAACGCCGUCCGAGCCAUCUGUGGUAGAGGAGGAAUGCCACAUGGCAACAACGGUAUGAGAAUUAGCACAGCUAGUUUCCCAGUUGUUGACUGUAACCUGGUGUUUCAGAAUCCACCUGCCGUUCCCCCCCACUGUCAGUACAAAGGUGUAGCUCGUAACAACAGAAGAAUUAUAGUCAGAUGUGAGAACGGAGAACCUGUUCACUUUCAUGGAAGUCAGUAAUCUGUUACUACCUGAUGAACCAGAGUAAUCUGUUACUACCUGAUGAAUCAGAGUAAUCUGUUACUACCUGAUGAAUCAGAGUAAUCUGUUACUACCUGAUGAACCAGAGUAAUCUGUUACUACCUGAUGUAUCAGAGUAAUCUGUUACUACCUGAUGAACCAGAAUAAUACAUUACUACCUGAUGUAUCAGAGUAAUCUGUUACUACCUGAUGAAC